AUUUUCAGUUUUCUCAAACAAAAGAGAGAACAGAAAAACGAGAGCGAAAGAGAGAGAAAGUAAUUUUUGUUUCUUUUUUUUUUUGUUUUUGGUUAUUCAGUAACUGAAACUCCAAAGCAGAAAGAGAGUUUCGAUAAUUUUCACAGCUUGAAUUCUCUGUACUUCCAUUAUUAGAAUCAGGAGGAUCGAAUCAGCAUCCACCAUUUUCUUUUGAUUCUCUGUUUGGAAAAGAAUUUUUUCUCUUUUUUCUUUGUUUUUUUUAUUUUUUAAAAAAGGAAAAGGAAAAGGAAAAUGGCUGGUUCGCAGAACGAAGACUUGAAAAUGGAAGGAUGGCUAUAUAUAAUUCGUUCGAAUCGGAUUGGAUUACAGUACUCAAGGAAACGUUACUUUGUUCUUGAAGAUCAUCUUCUCAAGAGCUUCAAAUCCAUUCCCAUUUCCAAUCUCCAGGAACCUGGUAGAAGUGCAAUUAUUGAUUCCUGCAUCCGGGUUACAGAUAAUGGGAGGGAGAGCAUUCACAGAAAAGUAUUCUUCAUAUUCACUCUUUAUAAUAGUUCUAAUCACAAUGAUCAGCUUAAGCUAGGAGCUAGUAGUCCUGAAGAAGCAGCAAGAUGGAUUCAUUCCUUUCAAGAAGCAGCUUUAAAGGGUGGUCCACACCCUGGAAAUGAUGUUGCCUGUUCAAGGAGCAGAUGGCAGUCCUUCAGAUCCAGUGGUUCCAGUAGUGAAAUUCACAAUAAUUCUAUUGACUGGACUCUUCAUUCAUCCACAAAGGUGGACAGAGUGAUGUCUGAUGUUGUAGCACCAUCAUCUUGGACAAUCUUUGGCUGUCAGAACGGUCUUAGACUGUUUAAAGAAGCUAAAGAUAGGGAUUCUCACGGAAAGUGGGAUGACCAUCCUGCAAUCAUGGCUGUGGGUGUUGUAGAUGGAACUUCAGAAGCCAUUUUCCAGACACUUAUGUCUCUAGGACCCUCAAGAUCAGAAUGGGACUUCUGUUUCUACAAGGGUAGCGUGGUUGAACAUCUCGAUGGUCAUACUGAUAUUGUUCACAAGCAGCUAUAUAGUGACUGGUUACCUUGGGGAAUGAGAAGGAGGGAUCUUUUGUUGCGGCGCUAUUGGAGAAGAGAAGAUGAUGGAACAUAUGUUAUUCUCUACCACUCAGUGUUUCACAAGAAGUGGCCCCCACAGAAAAGCUAUGUCCGUGCCUGCCUUAAAAGUGGUGGAUAUGUUAUAUCUCCAGUGAAUGAAGGAAAACACUCUGUUGUAAAACACAUGCUUGCAAUUGAUUGGAAAUUCUGGAAAUCCUAUCUGCGAACUUCUGCAGCCCGAUCUAUUACCAUUCGGAUGCUUGAGAGAGUUGCUGCACUAAGAGAGUUAUUCAAAGCAAAACAAGGAAAAUAUCCUUCAGUUGAUCUUCCAUCCAGAGAGUUGAUAAGGAAUGUUAGGUUGCAUCAGAGUGAAGAGGACGGCAUGGUUGAUAUGUGUACACAGAUAGAGGCUGGGAAAAUCAAGGAAAAUAUGAGUGAAGUAAUGGAAAGAGCACCUUCAGAACACUCGAGCCUGGUGGGACUUAAUGAUGCUGCUGAUGAAUUCUUUGAUGUUCCAGAACCAACAGACUAUGAUCAAUCAGAAGAUGGGUGGGCUUCUGAUUUUGGUCCAGAAGCAUACUCUCAGGAUACACGCCAUCCAAAGUUAUCAACUGCUGCUGUUUUUGUGAAAAAGUUACAUGAUCUUGCAGGUGUCCAGAAGAGGGGCUAUGUGGACUUACAAGACAUGAUGAGGGAAGAUGGCAUAUUUUGCUCUUAUGGAAACACUCUUCCAAAGGAUCCGACUUGUACAUUACCUUGCAGUUGGACAGCAGCAGAACCCUCCACAUUUUUAAUUCGUGGGGAGAAUUACCUGGAAGACCGUAAGAAGUUUAAGGCAACGGGCACGUUGAUGCAAAUGGUUGCUGCAGAUUGGCUAAGAUCUGACAAACGAGAAGAUGAUCUAGGAGGUCGUCCUGGAGGCAUUGUUCAGAAAUAUGCUGCUCAGGGAGGGCCAGAGUUUUUCUUCAUUAUAAACAUCCAGGUGCCAGGUUCAACUACAUAUAGCUUAGCGCUAUACUAUAUGAUGAAUACUCCUGUCGAAGAUUCACCCUUACUACAGAACUUCAUCAAUGGAGAUGAUGCAUAUAGAAAUUCAAGGUUUAAGCUCAUUCCAUACAUAUCAAAGGGGUCGUGGAUAGUCAAGCAGAGUGUUGGAAAGAAAGCUUGUCUCAUUGGCCAAGCUCUGGAAAUUAACUAUUUCCAUGGGAAGAACUACUUGGAGCUUGGGAUCGACAUUGGAUCAUCAACUGUAGCCAGAGGUGUGGUCAAUCUUGUGCUUGGUUACCUCAACAAUCUGGUCAUCGAAAUGGCAUUCUUGAUACAGGCGAACACAGAAGAGGAGCUCCCGGAGUAUCUUCUCGGGACAUGCCGCCUGAACCAUCUAGACGCAACGAAAUCUAUUCCAGUAAAAGUAUGAUUAACUUCUCAAUCUGAUGUUUUACUUGAUAGGCUGGCUAAGAAAAGCUUUGGAUGAUGAAGAAUACAAAAAAAAAAUCAUAUUAUUGCAUAUUCAUUGCUUGCUUGCCAAAAAAAAAAAAAAGUUCGAUUCUUUUAUUCAAUCAAAUGGGAUUAUCUACAGCAUCAUCAUCUGGUGCUGUUAGAUAUAUACCAUAUCAUUGGAAUGGAAAAAACAAAACCUUUGUACAGUUGACACAGUUAAAUUAGUAUCUAAAUUUUCCAUUUGGAUUUCUAAUUUCUUACUUA